AAAGGAAUUAACUUCAUUUUCAGGGCAGGCGGCACCUAUCAAGUUAAAAGUCUUGUCUGCGAGGGGUGUUUGCAAUGCCACGUCCUUUUUUCGGUUACUGAUUUUAUUGAACAUGUGACUGAAUUAGAAGCUCACAUGGCUGCGGUGGCUGUAUGAUCCGCUUUAGUUUUUUAAAGUCCGGUGAUCGGUAGCUCCCCUCGGCAGCGACCAUCCAGAGCAGAGGACCGCUGAAAAACACAGCGCCUACCCGGACAAAUCAUGGCGAACAGCGGGCAGAAAGUUGUGCUGAUCACCGGCUGCUCCUCCGGCAUCGGGUUACGAAUCGCCGUCACGCUGGCCAAAGAUGAAAAGAAGCGUUACCAUGUCAUUGCCACCAUGCGGGACCUGAAGAAGAAGGACAAACUGGUGGAGGCAGCAGGAGAUGCAUAUGGCAAGACCUUGAUGCUGCUUCCACUAGACGUGUGCAGUGACGAGUCAGUCAAGCAGUGCAUCAACAACGUCAAGGACCGCCAUAUUGAUAUCCUGAUCAACAAUGCAGGUGUGGGCCUGCUGGGACCCCUGGAGAGCAUCAGCAUCGAGGAGAUGAAAAGAGUAUUUGAGACCAACUUCUUUGGCGUCGUUCGCAUGAUCAAGGAAGUGAUGCCAGACAUGAAAAAGAGGCGCUCCGGACACAUCUUGGUUAUGAGCAGUGUUAUGGGGCUUCAGGGAGUGGUGUUCAAUGAUGUUUACACUGCCUCUAAGUUUGCCAUGGAAGGCUUCUGUGAGAGUAUGGCCGUGCAACUGAUGAAGUUCAAUAUCCGGUUGUCCAUGAUUGAGCCUGGCCCAGUGCACACUGAGUUUGAGACAAAGAUGAUGGAGGAUGUGGCCAAGAUGGAGUAUCCAGGAGUAGACGCCGACACAGUUCGUUAUUUUAAAGACGUUUACCUGCCAUCAUCCAUAGAUAUAUUUGAAGCCAUGGGCCAGACGCCAGAGGACAUAGCCAAAUGCACUAAAAAGGUUAUUGAGUCAAGCAGCCCUCGCUUCAGGAAUCUGACCAACAGCCUCUACACUCCCAUUGUGGCCUUAAAAUACGCAGAUGAGACUGGUGGCCUGUCUGUCAACACCUUCUACAACCUACUAUUCAAUUUCGGCCCUCUCAUGCACAUCACCAUGAGCAUCCUCAAGUGCCUGACAUGCAGCUGCCUGCGCAGACGCACCAUCUCACCUAACUGAAGAGGGCGUCCAAUCCUGCCCUUACCCCUCCCAGUUUGUUGAACCCCACCCAGUUCCUACUGCAUUUUUCCUGAGGUUUUGGGCCUAAGCAGGUAGUCUAGAGCCAGUAACCCCGAAGAGAGGAGGUGCCUUUUAGUUCAAAGACACUACCAUGAUAAGCUUUGCCAGACAACAUGCACAGUUGCACAAGUUUGUCUCAGAGAUGUUGAAUGCAGGAUGACCUCAUGUACUCACAUGUAAACACAGACAACACACACAUUGGAUUAUUGUACAUACAUACUAUAAAGCUAAGGCCUCGCCUUAGCCAGAUAUAGCUCGGUUAUAUAGAGGUUAGAUGUCUAUAUCGUUUUAAUGAGAACUUACAGACAGGACAUGAGAUACGAGCCCCAUGGACAGAAAUCAAAGCACAAACUCAGUUACACAGAGAGACAAUUAAAAUAUAGAGAAAUUAUAAUGCUAUAACUUGUAGCCUAGAUGAUUAUACAUUCAGGCUCACCAGAGUUAUAACAUGUAUGACAGAGACAGAAAGAAUAUAUCUGCUUUAUUGUGAUGUGCCCUUAAUUUCAUGUUUGCCUGAGCAUAGUGUUCUCAUGGUCAUAACUGCUGUUAAAUCAUAUUUUUAAUCUUUUGAUAAACUGAAUGUUUUUCAAGGUUUGUGAAGGGGUGGGUCAGAUAUUUUUAAUCUAGCAUCUUGAUUUAAAAAUAAACAGAAUUCUGAUUUA